AUAUACAUAUGAAAAAUGAACAUUUAUUUUGCAGACUUGAAUGGAAGUAGGGCCAGACGUUUACCACCGUCGAUCUCGUCUUCCCCUGCCACGUGUAGUCAAUCCAAUGGUCACUACGAAUGGGGAAACUGUAAAACCGCUCGCUGGAGAGAGUACGAAGGAAGCAAGAACGGUGAAGCAGAAAAGCAAACAAGUACGAAUUUAUUUAACGAUUUCGGUCUGAAGAUCAGCUGUCUAUUGAUCCUGGGAAUCCUCGGACUAAAAUGCAAUCUCGCAAGUAGCAAGACUGCGUCUUUUUCCUGCGUCCUGUUUGCGGGUUCUUGGGGAAAAGCAUAUCGGCUAGAGAUGAAUUCAAUCCAGAAGCAACGGAAGAGGACUGCAUCCAUUGCCUCGGCCAUACACAUUGAUCCGGAAUCUUCAGCAGAUACUUUUUCUUCCGGAAGUUUCGGGGAUGCAUCCUACUGCUUUGAUUUCUCAUGUGAUACGAAAUGGUGGCUGAAGGGCUCGACAGGUGAACACUUUGCCUCAUUGGAAGAGGAGCUGGAUCUGAAUCACGGGUUAAUGAACUCGUUCUUUGAAGAUACCAAAUGCAAGAAAAAGCAAGAAUUUGUCGACUUGAUGGAAACAGGAGGAGGAGAAUACACCUCUUACGGGAAUGGCAUUCAGGGGAAAUUGAACGAGAUGUACUUUGAGCCGGUGGAGUUUCCUUGGGUGCCAAGCAAGAAGUCCCAGCCAUGGUGGAGAACGACGACAGAUAAAGACGAAUUGGCUCUUCUGGUAGCUACAAAUUCGCUUGAUCAUAUCCAGAAUUGUGAUCUCCCGCCCCCUCAGAAAGUCCAUAACGUGAUUCACCUCCCGAGUGGUGGUGGUAAAACACAGCGUUCUGGUUCUAUUUAUUCUCAUCCUGGCCCACUCGUAGAGGAUAUAGGGUUUCAAGAAUCUGCGAAAACGUCAUGGAAACAAGGAGUUUCAGGCAAAACCGAGCAAAUGGAACACGGGUUUGGGAAAUCUGGCAGUUACAGCAGCACAGACAAGAACAACGUUAGCUCGAAAUCUGCAGACAAUGAUCUAAACAAGGCUGAGAUUCUAGAAGCAUUGCGCCAUUCGCAAACCCGUGCGAGAGAAGCAGAGAAGGCGGCAAGAGAAGCGUACACAGAGAAAGACCAUAUGAUAACGCUCUUGUUCAGGCAAGCGAGUGAGCUGUUUGCUUAUAAGCAGUGGUUCCAACUUCUUCAGCUGGAAGCGCUUUACCUGCAGAUAAAGAACAAAGAGAAGCAGAUCUCAGGGAGAAACCUGAGGAAGAAAUGGCAGAGAAGCAGAAAUGGGGGGGUAGGGAGAUAUGUGGUGGCUUUAGCAUUAGGGUUCAGCCUGAUUGGAGCUGGUUUGCUCUUGGGUUGGACUGUUGGGUGGCUAUUGCCUUUCUAGAAUAUUCUGGAAUCUUUUUUUUUUUGUUAAGAAAUAUUACAGAAUCUUGAAAUGUUGGUGUUUUAUGUUGCACAUUACCGUUAUGUAUGUGUUGUUUGUUAAAAGAUUACCCUCAAAAGGGAUAUUGUAACUUUGCAA